GAGAGAGAGAUUUUCUGCUGACGUAAGAGAGGAGAGAGAUUGCUCUCGGGAUCCAUGCUGCGCACCUCAGCGUAAUCUAGACACCACCCCCCGUAAAGUAUAGCGCAGCACGAAGCGGUCAGCUCACGCAAACGAACCAAACUUAUUCUUAUUUUGCAUUUCUACCAGAAGCUAAAAAAACCGCCAUUACUAAUUACUCUCACGAACUCACACCAUCUUCUAAAAACCCUGUCGAUAUUUAGAAGUGCGGUCCUCUCCUGAAUCAAUCAAUCAAUUUAUAACUCAAUCGAAUAUCAAAAGCCAUGUCGAUUUGUUGCCAUCUUCAGAUUUCUAGGGUUUCUUCAGCUACUUUUCUUGUCUCUUUGAUUUUCCUCAUCUACUUUCCAGGAAUUGUAUUACCCGCUGUCGUAACAUUGGAUUCGAUGAAAAUAUACCGAACACACGAGUGGUUAAAUGUUGAACCAACUAUAUAUUUCAGCUGUAAAGGAGAGAACCAAACAGCAUUGCCUGAUGUUAAACAAGUUAAUGUCUCGUAUACUUUUAAAGGCGAAGAAUCAUGGCAGCCUUUGACAGAGUUUACAAGCUUGAAAUGCAAGAGAUGUGGAUUUUAUGAGAAGGAUGACUUCAAGUCUGAUGAUGUUUUUGAUGAGUGGGAGUUUUGUCCGUCGGAUUUUGCGGGUUCCGAUGGGAAAAAUGAGCGAAUUAUUCACGGGGAAUUUGAUGCUACGUUUUUGUGUCCACAAUGCGUGCCAUUAGCAGCUGAUUCCAACUCUGCCUCAAAGCCCCACAAAAAAGGGAACGAAACGCAUCUUGCUGUGGUCAUAUUGAUCAGUGCUCUGGUUUCAACUGUGUUUGUUCUUGGAGUAGUAGCAGCAUACAAGUACUGGCAAAAGAAGAAGAGGGAGCAAGAUCAAGCUCGGUUUCUGAAGCUGUUUGAAGAUGGGGAUGAUAUAGAGGAUGAAUUGGGGCUUGGCACUGUACUAUGAUAAAUUUUAUUAGCUUGACCAUCAUCUGUAUAGCACACUGAUCAUACAUAAUAUUUUACUCCGUCAAAAGAAAGAAGUUUACUCUUAA